GAGCAAGAAAUUUUUGCUAACGUAAGUGAAAAAGGGAAAGGCAUUAACUUUGAUUCCUACGAUAAAAUUGACGUCGAAAUCAGCGGCGAAGGCAGUAAAAACAUCAUCCCCCUUGAAACAUUGAUGGCUAUUUCUGACGAAACCAUGGACGAAAUUAAGAAAAACAUUGAAAGAGUCGGAUACGAUAAACCAACACCAGUGCAAAAGUACGGUAUCCCCAUCCUUCUAGGUGGCCACGAUUUAAUGGCUUGUGCACAAACCGGUAGUGGUAAGACAGCUGCCUUUUUACUUCCCAUAAUCAUCAAAAUGACGAAUUCUCCUCCUCCAGCUUCGUUCUAUAACGGUCGAUUUUUCGAAAUCGCUGAGCCAGUUGCACUAAUCAUCUCGCCAACGAGAGAACUGACACUCCAAAUUUCUCAGGAAGCCAAGAAGUUUGCCUUCAAAACAGGUUUGGCCGUAGUUGAAAUAUACGGAGGAAACGACGCGCGAUCUCAAAUUGAUAAACUAUCUCAGGGCUGUGAUAUUUGCAUCGCUACUCCAGGACGUCUUAUUGACUUGUUAAAACGAAAGAGAAUCUCACUAGAAAACGUACAAUUCCUAGUUCUCGACGAAGCAGACCGCAUGCUUGAUAUGGGUUUCAUUCCCCAAAUAGCUGAAAUCAUUGAAGAUUUUAAUUUGCCAGAAAGUCGCCAAACUACUAUGUUUAGCGCCACUUUCCCGCAAGAAAUUCAGAAAUUGGCAGCUGUAUUUAUGAGAAACUAUUUGUAUUUGACCGUUGGAAGAGUUGGAAGCGCAUCUAGCCUGAUCAAACAAUCGUUUUUCUAUGCCGAAGAAGACGAAAAACCUCAGCAACUAUUAAACAUACUCAAGGACCAUCUUGGUAAAGUUUUAAUAUUUGUCGAAACCAAACGAAAAGCUGACUCGCUCGAAUAUUUCUUGCGCAAGAGUGGAAUUUCUGCGCUCAGUAUUCACGGUGAUAAAUGUCAGCUCCUGAGAAACGACGCACUACAAAAGUUUAAAAGUGGAAUUGUAAAAGUGCUCGUAGCAACUGAUGUUGCUUCCAGAGGACUUGACAUUCACUCUAUUACUUGGGUAAUCAAUCUCGAUUUACCUCACAAUAUUGAUGAAUAUGUACAUCGUAUUGGGCGAACAGGAAGGGCCGGCAAAAAUGGGCUUGCCACUUCCUUUAUCAAUGAAGAAAAUAAAAACAUAUUAAAGCCGUUGAUAGCUCUGCUCAAAGAGACAAACCACGACGUCCCCCAGUGGUUGAUUGAACUUGUUCAACAUUGCACUAGCAACAGCUACUCAAAACAUUAUAAUAAUUCUAGAUAUCAAAAAUCUUACUCUUCAUCUAAUAGAUCGGUCUCCUCGAACUACCACAACAAUAAUAAUAACAAUUCAAAAUCUUACGGCUACUAUCAGCAAAACAAUAGUUACAAAUCACAAAACGUGCCAACAAACACUUACACCAAAAGUAAAGUGUCCUCUAGUUCUUAUAUGAAUUCUACUAGACCUAACACCGGUUAUGAUUGUUGUCCUAAUUCAUUAUCCAGUCAAUUAUGUAUAAUGAGUUGA